CGGAAGUGUAGUUUCUGCCAAAGAAUGACUGCCAUUUCUAUUCCUCAUUUUCAACAUUCUUAACGCCCGAUUCUAAGGACGCGACGUAAUGUUUCCUGUUAGGAGUGUAGAUCCAGUUUUCAAUAUUGAAGACCAUUGUUUACUGGCUCCGAACGAUUCUCAACGGGCGAAAUGGUGCCAACGAUGCCGCCUGAUUCGCAUAAAAUUUCUCUGAAGAUCAUUGAAGCGAUAAAACAGCACCCGGUUUUAUACAAUGCAGAUGUGAAGGGCUCCUCGGUUAAGCUGCAAGAAUUCCGGCAGAAGGUUUGGAAGAGGAUUUCCGACGAGCUCGGUCUCGAUCCUACCUGGGUGCGAUUGAGAUGGAAAAACUUAAGAGACACUUACUGCCGUAUACUCAAGUAUAAAAAUAAGACAGAGAAAGGAGUACGCAGAAAAAAAUGGAUUUUUGAGGAUCAUCUCAGUUUUCUAAAGUUCCCGUAUGAGUCUGAUUAUCAACCACAAAGUAUAGAAUUGACAGAAGACUACAUCCAGGAUAUAAAUGCUGGUGGAAUUAGUUCUGAAGGUCUUCUGGAACAACUGGAAGAUCGUAACGAUGAAGACUAUAGUGAAUACUUGGAAAUCCUAGAAGAGACAACUGCAGAUCCCAUUUUGAGUCGAGAAUCUAUGGAAUUGACAGAUAAUGGAGAUGUUAGAGUAAAGAGUGUGGAGGAGGAAACUUUGGUGAAUGAUAUUGAUAUGUAUACACAACAAAUCCAAUCGAAGUAUAGGAAAAUAAGACCAAAGAAAGUGAAGAUUGAACCAACAGAAGUGCCCACAACUUACAAUAUAUUGAAAACAUCACCAUUCGAGAAUAGGACAGUGGAUACACCAAUUUUUGUUACUACACCAGUUGCAAGCAGUCCAAAUAAAAGUGUCUCUAAAGUCGAUGAUACACGAAAUAAUUAUGAUCAAGUUUAUCUAGCUCCAGAAGGGAAAAGCAGUAUUGAAUUAUUUUUUGACAGUAUGGCACAGACUGUUAAGCGACUCCCACCUAAAGCUCAGGCAGAUAUCAAAAUGAAUAUUUGUAAAAUUGUGACAGAAGCAGAGCUCAGAUAUUCAGGACGUAGUACACCACAGAGUACUCAACAAUUUAUUGCACCACCUGGGAUGAUUCCUAAAUUAGUAUUAAUACCGUGCAACAUGAUUGAUAGACAAACCAAUAAGGGUUGACAGUUUUUAAUAUUGAUUUCUGUCAAGUCAAGAAUUAUUGUGAUAUACUGUAAAAUAAACAAAUUAUGAAAAUAGUACCAAUGAAGGAAGAAAUAGGAUAAUUGCUACAGCAAUGAAAGUAUCCCAAUAAAGACAAUUUUUGUAAUUAGUGUGGUGUUCUCUGUUUUGUAAGAUACAUUGACGAAAAUUGUUUAUGUACAUAGGUACUGUCGUUAUAUCUUAACUUGUUGUUAUACAAUAAUACAGUUAUUUUAAUAAAAUCAUUGCUAGAUCUCAUUUGUA